AUGUCAGACUUAUAUGAAUGUUAUUUUAAUAUAACUGACACGUUUGAGCUUCUCACUGAAGAAUUUGAGAAGCAAUGGGCUUUUGUUAACAAUUUUUGGACAAGAUUCAAUGGAUAUAAGCAAAAAAACGGUGAUGAAUGGAAAAUCUACGUUUGUAGACUCUUAAAACCAAAAACAUCAAGUGGAAGGAAGGAAGAUAUCUCUCCUGAAAAGCUUCACAUAACUUGGAAGCAACCUCUAAUUGAAUGCAAUGCCAAGAUAAAAAUAACUUGGAUUGCUGCUACAAAAAUUGUCCAUGUUGAACGAAUAAAUAGCACUCUGAAUCAUAGUCACACAAUUGAUGAGGUAGAUGCAAGAAAGCACUCAAAAUUUAUUAAAAAAUUGGUGCAUAAUGAAGCAGUUAAGGACUAUCAUCCCCCAGCAAUUGCAAAUGUCGUUCGAAAUGAAGCCAAAAAAGUAUAUGAAAAUUCGGGUGUGGAGUAUCUUAAAACACAGGAAGUUGCGAAUGUUAAAUUUAAGCUUAUGGGUUCAAUGAAUUCACAUCUUAUUGGUGAAUCAAGAGUGAAAGCUGAUGUUAUUAAGACUAAGUCUUAUUCUGGUUUUUGUUUUGCAAAUUCAGAAAAAUUAAAAAAUCUAAUGCAUUAUAGUUGGUUAACUCUCAUAGAUUCAAUACAUAAUACUAAUAAGCAUGAUUGGAGAAUGUUUAUAUUAUAUGUUUGUGAUGGCUGUGGUUGUUGGAAUAUUAGUGCACAUUUCUUUGUUAGCAAUGAAAAUAGUAAAGUUGUUAUGUUAGCAUUAAAAAUAAUUCGAAAGUUUGCCCCCCACUGGAACCCACGAUAUAUGCUUCUUGACCAAAGUAGUGUAGAAGCCAAUGGUAUUGAGGCAACCUUUCUGGGUUCUCAAGCUGGAGAGCAAGAGUGCACAAUGCACAAAAGAACCCAGACCGGAUGUGAAGAUGUUAUUCGAGAUGCUAUAGCUAACUGUCCUGUUCCUGCUGUCAUUAGAUAUAUCACUAGAAAUUAUUUAAAAAAUACUAAUAAAUGGGUCCUUUGGGCCUGA